CGGAAGCGGCGGCGGCUGCGCUGGCGGGGCAGCCAUGUCGCCAUUGUCUGCGUUGUGGGCGGCCCUGCGGGUCUACGCGGCCGGCGCCGCCGUGAUCCUGGAGCAGCUGCUGCGGCGCUGCCGCGGGGGCUUCCCGGAGCCAGUUUUCGCCCCACAACCCGACCGUGUGGCUAUAGUGAUGGGCGGGACAGAUGGCAUCGGCUACUCCACGGCGAGGCAUCUGGCGAGACUCGGCAUGCAUGUGAUCAUAGCUGGAAAUAAUGACAGCAAAGCCGAGGAAGCUGUAAGAGAACUAAAAGAAGAAACGCUGAACGUCAAAGUGGAAUUUUUGUACUGUGACCUGGCUUCGAUGGCGUCCAUCUGGCAGUUUGUCCAGAAGUUCAAGAUGAAGAAGAUUCCUCUCCAUGUGCUGGUUAACAACGCUGGGGUGAUGAUGGUCCCUCAGAGGAAGACCAGAGAUGGAUUCGAGGAACAUUUCGGCCUGAACUACCUGGGACACUUCCUGCUGACCAACCUUCUCCUGGAUACCCUGAGAGAGUCCGGGUCCCCUGGCCACAAUGCGAGGGUGGUCACUGUCUCCUCUGCCACCCAUUACGUUGCUGAGCUGAACAUGGACGACCUUCAGAGCAGUGCCUGCUACUCACCCCAUGGAGCCUACGCCCAGAGCAAGCGGGCCCUCGUCCUCUUCACCUACCACCUGCAGGGGCUGCUGGCGGCUGCGGGGAGCCACGUGACGGCCAACGUUGUGGACCCCGGCGUGGUCGACACGGACCUCUACAGACAUCUGUUCUGGGGUACACGUCUGAUGAAGAAGCUUCUCGGCUGGUUGCUUUUCAAGGCACAGUCCAGUAGCACCUGCCUAGGUGGACCUCUCUUCUUGACCCCUCCUGAAUCCACUGGUAUUCACCUGUACUCCACUCACCAGGAACGUGAACACCUUUCUUCACGAUGCCCUGGCAUAAGGUGAGUCAUGGAGCAGGGUUUGGGGUUUCCUCUGUUCACUCUAUAAUGAAUCAAAUGAUAGCCCUUCAAAAGACAUGUUCACACCCUAACCCUCCGAACCUGUAAAUACUCAUUUAUUUGGAAAAGAAUCUUUGCAGAUAUAAUUGAGAAUAUUAAGAAGGUUCAUUGUGGAUCAUCCCAGUGAACCCGAUUCAAUCCCGAGGGUUCUUAUCAGAGACAAGCAGAGGGAGAUGAGGGAGGUUUGAGUACAGAAGGCGAGAUGUUCAUAUGAUGGAUGCAGAGAUGGAAGUCAUGCACCCACAAGCCACGCAACCCCUGGAGCCACAGGAGCUUCGAGAGGCAGGAAGCCUUCUCCCUUACCCUCCUCAGAGCGAUCUUGGCCCUUCUGCAUCUGGGCUUCAGACUUCUGGUGCCCAGAACGGAGAGAGAACAAACCUCUCUUGUUUUAAGUCUCCAACAAAUUGGUGGUCACCUCUUACAGCAACCACAGGAAAUGUAUCCAUCUUCUGAUGCUCCUGAAAGACUCACACAGCCAGAGGGUACAUCCUUGGCGUAGAGGCUCACUUUUAGUCACCACCAAGGACUAAGAGAAAUCCUUUCUCUGGUGUUAGAGAUAAGUGUUGUGUUCUCAAAUUUCAACAUGGAGAAAUCAGUCAUUUGUAAUGCUUUCAAGAGAGCACUGUGUGUGCCCUAUGAGUCUGUACUCCUUAUGUGUAAGGCUGAUGACCACUGGUUGGCUUACUAUUCAUUCCUCUAAGUGACAAAAUCCCACUGACUACUCAAAUCCAACAUUAGCUCCUGGCACACCUGUACGUUGGAAUCACAAUCAGCUGCGAGUCCGGGAUGGAAUUCAAACUAAGGGCGGGAGCACAUGCCUCUUACAUGACUGGCUGAUGGUUCUCAGAUGGAUAAGUUUGCCCUGUUAAGUAAUUUAAAUGAAAAUAAUAAAUGUAUUGUUUAGCCUCUUUAAAAGAAAAAUCAGUCAUCCUCUGGGAAUGCGUUCAUCACCAAAGAUGGUGAUUUUCCUUUAUAGAUGACCAGGAUGCCUGGAUUUCUGCUGUUCCUUUACAGAUAACCAGGAAUUCCCUGUCAUGGGCCCACUAGACAAGGGAACUUCCUUGGUACAAAAGGAUGAGAAAUGUGGACUUUCUUCCCUGAGAUAUUCGCUUAUCUAAGGGCAUAUCUUAGACAUCACUUUAAUCGCCAACAUGGUGAAACCCUGUCACUACUAAAAAUACAAAAUUAGCCAGGCGUGGUGGCACAUGCCUGCAAUCCCAGCUACUUGAGAGUCUGAGGCAGGAAGAUCGUUUCAACUCGGGAGGCGGACGUUGCAGUUAGCCGAGAUUGCACCAUUGCACUCCAGCCUGGGAAACAAGAUAUCAUCUAAGUGACACCACUUAGAUGCUCAGUAUGCUGUGUGUUGAGAUCUGAGCUCUGCCCGAGAGCACAUUCUCUCUGCGUUGAUUGUCCUGUGUGUUGAGGUCUGAUCUCUGCUGUUUCCCGCAGAGCUGAGACCUCAACACACGGGACCGUGAACACAGAGAGAAUGAGUUCAAGCGCCUUCUGCAGAAAGACACAGACUGUGCAGGAUGGCCGCCGAGAUCUCGAGACCCUUUGUAGGAAAACCGUGAUGAUACAACCAGCCUAAGAGGCAGGGAAGCAGCAUCAAAGGAGAGGUCUGCCAGAGGUGACAGGAAGGACCCUGCCCUGGAACCUCCAGAAAAAACUGAAUAUAAUUAUAGUGACGUCAACAGUGGCCUUCAGAAAGAUCUGUCUGUACGCUAAUACCAUAGUAUAGAGAUCUGUCUGUAUGCUAGUCCCAGAGCCUGGGAAUGAGACCUUAUUUGGAAAUAAGGAUUUCUUUCUUUCUUUCUUUCUUUUUUUUUU